AUGGACCAAACACAGCAGAAGGCUUUAAAUGCCCUUGAACCCUACAUCCUCCUCUCCAAAUCCGCAAACUCACCACGAGCAGCUGCCGACCUUGUUACCCAAGCUACAUCCGCACCAAACACCUUCGUCUUCGCCGAGCUUCUUCAGACACCAAAUAUCCAGGCUCUACAGACAGCAUCAAAGGAAUAUGCACCUUACCUCACCCUCUUGCACAUCUUUGCCUGGGGAACGUGGUCUGAUUACACAGAAACAACAAAUCUCCCAAAGCUCUCAAAUGUACAAGAACAGAAGCUCCGCCAGCUCACUUUACUGUCCCUCCCUACGUCCCCCACCACCCUCACAUACGCGCACCUGCUCUCGGAGCUCUCCCUUUCCACCACUCGCGCCCUGGAGGACCUCGUUAUAAGUUCUAUUUACGCCGGACUGCUUACAGCAAAACUCGACACCCUGUCCCAACGUGUUGAUGUCUCGUCCGUCGCCCCUUUACGAGAUCUGAGACCUGGCUCCGUCCCCCGCAUGGUUUCUGUGCUGGAGGAUUGGGAUACUCGUUGCGUGAGCGUCUUGGGCGAGAUUGAAGGACAGGUUCGGGAGAUCAGGAGGAAGGCUCUACAACAGAGAAAGCGAGAAACGGAGCAUGAGAAGGCUGUGGCAAAAAAGAUGGGUGAGAAUGAAGAUGGGAAAGGCAAGCUUGGGAAGAGAGGAGGCGGAGAGGAAGCGGAUGAGAUGGAUAUUGACGAAAGCGGACGAAAAUCAAGGGCAAAAAGAGGGGGAGGCAAUUUCUUAGGCGGGCUAGGUAGAAGAUUAGGCGGUGGUAAUUGA